CACGGACAAAUGAGAUGACCGACAACCGUCAAGGGUUUCGGAUUACUUUUCUCUAUCUUUGUGGCAUUUGUUGGUUAUUUUCUUUACCUUGGCUUCUUCUGAGGUGUCUACUCAUUGCACAUUUCACUCAUUGAGUUUUGCAUCGUUAUUGAUAAAAACUAUGGGGUCUCUAUGCUGCAAACAAACCCUAGACGACGACGAACAGAAAAUCACAAUACGACCUAUUUGCGAUAAUGAUAUCAAAGGAUUUCAUCCUGAUCAAUUUUCGUUAUUGCAAGUGAUCGGUGAAGGCGCUUUUGGCAAAGUUCGCAUUGUUCGACAUAAACAAACGCGUCGACAAUUUGCUCUUAAAUAUAUUCACAAAGACAAAUGUAUCCACCAGCGAGCCACGAACCAUAUUCUGUCCGAACGACGACUACUCGAAACAAUAGACCAUCCUCUCAUUGUCAAUUUACGCUACGCUUUUCAGGACGAGACCAAUCUGUACAUGGCGCUUGAUCUCAUGCUUGGUGGCGAUCUUCAUUCCGCUCUGCAGACUGAGGGCCCUUUCUCAGAAUCCCGUGCCCGCUUUUACAUUGCCCAAAUCGCUCUCGCCCUCAAUUACUUGCACCAACAUCGCAUUGCACAUAGAGAUAUCAAACCCGAAAAUAUUUUACUUGAUGCCAGGGGAAAUGCGCACGUGAGCGAUUUUAAUACGGCCAUUCAAUUUGAUGAAAAGCAAACAUUACAGUGGUCCCUGGCAGGAUCCCACGCUUACAUGGCUCCGGAAGCUCUGGGACGCAUGGGAUACUCUGUUUCCGUAGAUUGGUGGAGCUUGGGCGUAGUCGCAUACGAACUUCUCUUUGGCAAGCGUCCAUUCAAAGGCGUCUCUACCGAAGAUUUGACACGUCAAAUUCUUCAUCAACCCGUUUUAUUUCCCGAUCAUGCAUACGCAACCGUGUCGCCCGAGGGGAUCAAUGGCAUUAGUCAAUUCCUGGACAAAUCACCCUACCAUCGACUAGGCUGUUAUGCAUCAGGCUUUGAACAAGUUCUUGCGCAUCCAUGGUUUGCCGAUCUCGAUUGGAUAGGACUUGAAUUAAAGCAAGUAACGCCGCCGUAUCAGCCUCACUGUAAUAAAAUACCAAAAAGAGAUACCAAUGAUCGUCUUGAAUCCGAUAAUGACGAUUUGAUCCAAUCACGACGUCAAUCCAAACCGAGGAUGACAAGCUUUGACGCGGAGCGACCAGUGACCGAGAAUGCUCAGUGGCGUCAGGUCAUGGAAGAGGAGUUCCUGGAUUAUGACUAUACCCAGUUUGAAAAACGCGAACGACGGAUAUCGUUUCAACGUGUACGACGAAAUUCCAAAACGGUCAUUGAUAAAAUGCGACGGCUGAGCCUACAUUAUAGUCAAUCGAAAUACCGAGCCCAAGGUUACCGGAUAGCUUCGGCUGUAGAAGAACCGUCUGCUCAAAUCACAGGCAUGGACUCUCGAAAUUCCAGUCGCCGAGGUUUGUGCGCCAAAUAAAUAAAUUAAACUCUACCGUAUCCAUUUGCGAUAGAUCAAAAAAGAAAAGAAAUUCAAUGACCCGGAGAAAAGGAAAUCCGGGGGAAAAAGGGGGCUUUUUUUCGUACUGUAAUGGAAAAGAAGCGGAGGGGAGAGUGUUUAUCUAACUUUAUCACUUCUUACCAUGGAUCCGACCGCUUGGCUCGAUUAAAAAUGAAGCUCAAUGAAUGAAAUAGGACAAUCCAAUUUUAUAGUUUAUU